AUGACUCGUGACAAAAGGUAUGCGUAUAGUGGAGGUGGACGUGCCAUCACUUCUGUAUCUGUCUCCUCCGACGCAGGAUGCACUUGGAUACCAGCUCAACUUCAUCCCGUUAGUAGACCGAUAAAGCCCCAUAAACAGAGUGAGCAACAAUCAGUCUCUCCGUCAAAUGAACCAACUGAGGAGAUCAAUCUUCCAAAAGAAAUGCCUCAUUGGGCCUGGACACUUUGGGAGGCAACUGUUGAAAUUCCAAAGGUUCAUGCUUCCAAUUGGCUAGUCCUUUUUCAACUGAGUGAUUUGGCCUCUUAUUUUCCUGUCACGCACUCUGUUUUCACUCAGAAGACCAUUGUCCUCAUUGAUUACAGUCUAGCUCCGCUCUGCUCCUGA